AUGUAUUAUGAUGAUACAAGUGAUGAUGAAGAUCCCUUACCAGUUCAAUCUUUAGAAUCAUUCACAGUAAAUAAUAAUCAAGAACAGAAUAAUGAUUAUUCAACAUGUAUAUUGGUGGAUUUGGUGGAUAGAAAAAUUCAGACAUGUGGGUGUAGUCAACAAAUUAGACCUCUCAAUCAUCUAAUUGGAAUGUGGCAGUUAGAUAAGGAAAUUGUCAAAAAAAACGAAGAAGAGGGAAAAAAACUAGGAAUCUGUAUGCAACAUUUCAAUGUUGAUCAAAAAUACCAUAAAAAUAAAUUGAAAACUACAAUACCUGUAAUUGAUAAAAAUAUCCAGGUUUCUUGUAAUGGACAAAUAACCUGUCAUGCAUUAAAUAACUUUGGUGUGAUUUGCAAACCAGAAGUUGAUAUAGUUGCUAAAGCUCAAUAUAUAUGCUGUGAAUGUUAUCAAAAUCAUGGAGGGCAUUUACAUGUGAAAAUGGGAUCUGGAAAACCACUAUUUGAUUGUGAAAAAUUUGGUUUACAUAACAAUGACCAUUCCACUUCCCUUGAUCUUCUAGGUAAAUGGCUUUUAACAGUUGCUAAAUCUGAAAAUAUAGAAUAUAAAGAAAAGGUAUUAAUGAAUAUUUUGAAUCCUGCACUUCAAAUAAUUAAAGAAACACAAGAAAUGGAAGCAAAAAAUUCAAGUUCAAAAGCAGUAAUAGAAAUAUCAACAAUAUCUGACCUGUUAUAUACAAAAGUGCCAAGUCCUUUUGUACUAAAGGUUUUCCUGAAGAUGCACAAAAUAAACUUAGAAGAUACCAAUUCUUUUUCAUUAAAUGAACAAAGCAAAACUUUUGGUCAAAAUAUGGCAAAAGCUCUAUGGAAUUCACGAACUAUGUUACUUGAACAAAAAAAUAAAAUAAAAAUGCCUGAUUCCUUGGAUGAAUAUUAUAAUGCACUCCCUCCUUUCUUAACUUUAUGGUUUCCACAAGUAAUGGCAAGUCUUUCCCGAAGACCUAGACUCCUUGGUUCAAUGAGAGAUCUAUUCUCAACUUUGCAAAUUAUGGCUCACACUAGUGGUAAUGAGAGAAAAUUAGAAAUAGAAAGAAUGAAAGGACCAGAGGAUAUACUCCAAAAUAUUUCAGAAAAAGACCUGUUUGGCAUGAAUAACGUAGCAGAAAGUGCUAUAAACCUUUUUGACAAAUUGUUGGUUACAUCAUUACAGAUGACAAUAGAAAAUGAUGUUAUUAAAUAUCAGAAAGAUUUUGAUGCUUCAACAAUCUAUCAAAAAAUGAUGAAGUAUAACAUGAAAUCACAAAUAAGUGCUGCACAAACCGAACAUGAGAGGAUUGGUGUUCUCUUCUCUGAAUAUUUGAAUGAUACCACAACUCCUCAUGGAACCAGAGCAAUAAAGACACACAAAGAAACUACGUGGGAUUUAGUUAAUCAUUUAUUAGACACAUUUAAUGUUGCAGAUAAUAAAGCAUUUGAAUGCAAUUUAUGGAAAACAACAAAACCUUGUGCAUUGAAUCCUGUUGGAGUGCAACGACUUUUUGAUUGCUAUACAAAUGGACAUGAAAGAAUGAAUUCUAUUUGUAGACAAGAGGUCUUUGGAACUGAGAAAAUUGAGUGA